AUGGGAAAGCUCUCUGGUUUGUUCUUGAUCAUGGCCUUGGUAUUAUUGGCUAUGGUGGCCACAGCAAAGUCAGAUGACUGCAACGGCGGUUUUAAGGAAUUAGCCGCGGAGUGUCAGCAAUACGUUUUGUACCCUGCAAACCCAAAGAUACCGCCCUCAGAUGCAUGCUGUGGUGUGAUCCAGAAGGCAGACGUCCCAUGUCUGUGCUCCAAGAUCACCAAGGAGACUGAGAUGGUGGUGUGCAUGGAGAAGGUCGUUUAUGUCGCUGGCUACUGCAAGAGGCCACUUCAGCCUGGCUCCAAGUGUGGAAGCUACACAGUUCCUUCAGUGUGA